AAUGAGAUUGUUCCAUUGGCAGAAAAGAAUAUGGGAGUUCAGUUUGAAGACGUAUAUGAUAGCCUAGAAAAGGUUGGUAGUGGGGAAGUGAGUGAAAUACUGGGGAUAGAGCUUCUUUACGAGGCGUUUGGAGGUGGGCCAGAAGCGAAAAGGUUUGUAAUGGGGUGGUUUGCGGGGUAUGCUGAGUGCAUGGAGAAAGGUCAAUUUUGCUAUCGGAAGGGGCCUCUCUGGAGUGAAGAAUUCAGCCAUGUAGUAGAAAAGCUAACUUUCAACAAGGCGUAG